GUGUGAAUUGGGUAUAAGCCAUUUAGUGUGACCUUGUUGUGUGCCAAACCUGUUAGUGCUGCAAAGCUCCCACACUAGUCGAAAAAUAACGAUACAGCAUACCCCCACCAAGUGGCGAAAAAUCCCCGCACCCGCAGCUGAAAACUGGAACGCAAAACGGCGAAAAUAUGCUCAAAUCGGAGGUUCAGCACCAAUUCUGGAUAACCAAGAAGGUUGUGCAGCGCAAGCUGGGGACGAAGGAGGACAAACACGUAAUAUCCUCGGACGCGGAGCUGGAUUCCAAGAUUGAGGUGUUCAAAUCGAUAUCGGACACCAGCUUGAACCUGUGCAAAAUCAUCGACCAAUACCAGGAGCGCCUGUGCAUUUUGUCGCAGGAGGAGUGUGUUUUCGGGCGGUUUCUGAAGGAGGCGGGAAAGCGGAGCAGGACAACGGGCGGAAGUAUCGCCCACACGGGCAAGGCAGUGUCCUUCGCCGGUCAGCAAAGGAUGUGCGUUCGUGUGCCGCUCCUGCGCCUCCAGCACGAGGUGGAUGUGUUCCGGUGUCGAGCGGUCAAGGACACGGAGCAGACGCUCCAAUCGAUGGAGAAGGAGCGCACGGAAUACCGUGCCGCUCUCUCCUGGAUGAAGUCCGCCAGCCAGGAACUGGAUCCCGAUACGGGCAAGGGUCUGGACAAGUUCCGCACGGCACAGACCCAUGUGCGCGUGGCCAAGCAUAACUUUGAUGGCUACUCCAUGGAUUCCAUUCAGAAGAUUGAUUUACUGGCCGCCGCCCGCUGCAACAUGUAUUCCCAUGCCCUGGUGGCCUAUGUAACCGAGUUGAAAAACUUUGCCCAGAAGGCCGCCUCCACAUUCCAGACCAUAUCGAAGGCCUUGAUUCUGAAGCCAAAGUACGACUUUUGUGUGCUAAAAGAACUGUCCCAAAAUGAAGGUCCCAGUGAGGAAGUGCCGCCGAUUGAAGCUGUGGACAAGGAUCAAUCGUUGUUCUUUGCCAAUGAGUACCAGGACAAGCUGGUGGACCAGCCGAAAACAAAGGAGUCCGAAGGGGACAAACCAAGCGAACCAGCCACUGCCUGCGGCGACAAUGAAUCCUUGCUGAUUGAGCUUUCCAAGCAGCUGGAGGACAGUCCGCUGAUUGAUGCGCCCCUGGAUGAAGAAGCACCUGCGCAAAACAGCAGCAAUAACAAGCUAUGGUCGCGCCUAUUUAGUCAGCAGCAUCAACAACCCUUACCGAGCCACCCAGCCAAGGAUUCGAAGGCAAGUGGAGCCCCUGCAACCCCGGCUGCCAGCAAAUCCCAGUCCACCAACAAUCCCUGGCUUGAUCUCUUCGCCGACUUGGAUCCCCUGGCCAAUCCGCAAGCCUUCGAUCUGAAAAUGAGCGGCGGACGCAGUGUGGCCGAACAGACAUAAGAUUACCCUCCCGUGCAGAACAUAUAUAUAUAUAUAUAUAUAUCUAUACGUCUGGAUCUUGAUAUACCUGUGACAUUUAGCUAGUCAAAAUGGAGAAACUUUGGAUGUAACUUUUCGCUAAACGUUCAAAAACUUUUUAUGUUUUAUUUAAAUAAAAUUUA